AUUGUAACUGUUGCGUUGAGUUGAUGGCCUACGAUUCAGAUUAUAUAUUCACCUAGAACAUCAUACAUCAUUAACCAUUUUAACGGCCCUUUUGACACAUUUCUACUCAAUGUUAGUGGUAUAAUUACCCGGUGAAAAUGAAAACACUAUUUGAACUGAUAUUAAUUUCCAAUGUGUUAUUGGCACUUGUUAUUGCUGUGUGUGAAGGUUCUUUGUUCAGAGGUUUGAGACCACCAAGAAGAAAUCCACGUCCCAGGGCGCCUAGUUGGUCAACAUGUCCGGUACCGAAAAUCAAAAAUGGAACUGUUCGAUUGCAAAGGGGAGGUCGUAUGGUGGCAUUCUCUUGUUCAGAUGGUUUCGAAAUACACGGGGCUAUGAGCAUUAUAUGUGCAUCGGGACGGUGGAAACAGGAUAUACCAAUCUGUAUAAAGACCGGCUGUCCACAUCCGCAGAGGCGAUCUAACGGGUUGGUUAUGCUCGAUGAAAAAAAGCAAAAAAGCAUGUUGUUUUGUCAAGAGGGGUAUGUGGCUGCUGGUAGUUCGAUUUCCUUCUGUAACGGAAACACAUGGGAUAGAGAAUUGGGAGAAUGUCGUUUAGAUGUUGGACAUUCAAAGAUAUGUGAUUUUGAAUCCGUUUCCAUUUGUGGAUGGACACAAGAUGAUGGGAAUGACUUCCAUUGGGUACGAAAAAAUGGAUGGAAUUCAUUUGAGAAGCUUGAAUAUGGGCCAAAGCAUGAUCACACGAAAGGAAUACCGUUGGAGGGACACUAUAUGAUAGCUGAAGCAACCAAUUCACGCACAACUCAGAGAUCAAGAAUUUUUUCGCCCAUCCAUAACCAGACUGACUCAGAAAAUGCUUGUUUUCGUUUUUUCUAUCACAUGUACGGUCACAAGGUGGGUCGACUACGGGCAAUUGUAAAAAAUAUCAACGAGACUAUGGACGAAAUAGCUGAUAAACCAAAGAAUAUCUUGUUUGAAAAAGAAAAUUCGCAAGGAAACCAAUGGAAUGAAGCAGUUUUUAUGAUCGAACCGACCAAAGCAGACUUUCAGAUCGUAUUCGAAGCAACCGGAAGUAGAGGUCUCAUCAGUGAUAUAGCUAUUGACGACGUAUCACUUAUGAAAGAUAGCGAGUGUUUGAAGUACUUGAAUCCUGAAAUUACGACUACAGAAUCUGAUGGAGUCUACGAUAUGCAGUCUUGUGCAAAUCGAUGCUUAGAAACAAAUUCAGUGCGUGGAAACAGCGCCGAUACAUUCCACCAAGAUGGUCAUCUCAUUGAAAAAUGUGAUUGCCAUCAGAAUUGUUUAGACACAUCAACAUGCUGUUGGGACUAUGUGGCCACGUGUAUUGAAAGUAUAAGCCAGCCACCUGAUUCAGAUACUACAAUCAGCACAUUUGAUGACAGUUCGAUGGGAUUCACUACAAUCGAACUGGAAGUAACAACACCUGUACGAACUAUCAUUAAAUCAACAACACAAAAACCCGCAGUGGCUACCACUAAGUCGAGCUCAACAACGUCGACUACCGAAAGAUCCACUUCUUCGACUUCAUCAACUUCGACAACUUCGUCAACUUUCACAGCUUCAACAACUUUGAAAACGACAAUCGAAAGCACAGUCACAAGAGCAAAACAAGUUGUAAACACUUUAAGUACGAUUCCACUAUGGACUAAAACUAAGACACUUAACAUGCAAAAUACUACGACAAUCUUACAGAAUACCACCGUAACGCAAUCAAAAAUAGAUGAAAUCACCACGAAACCGGUAAAAAAAACGACACUCACAACAGUAUCCUCAAAGAAGAUAUUCAGCCCGACCCAAGUGCCAAAGUCGACCAUUGGACAUAGAACCACAUCGAAGACUGUAUCGAAAAUCACCACUUUAGUACCGAGCAGAACGAUUUCGGCCAGUAUUCAAGCAAUCAACCAUUUUGUAAUGCAGAAAGAAACCCGGACAGCCGCAUGGAUGACACCGAGCCACACUAACCCCAAAUUUGUAACAUCAACUGAUGCAACAUCGAAAGCAAUUCUCAUGUAUUCAAAACAUUCCGAUCAACGAAUUUCCAAUGGGAAAAUUGGAUGGAUAUCUACCAUAGUAUUGAUAUGCGUCUUAUCAAUGUUAAUGCUAACUGGAUGGAAAUACUUUAGUGCACAAAAAUGGAAUCAGUUCAACAGUCAACAAAUUGAAUACAAAUCUAAUUAUCAUUCGGAUGAAAUUGAAGAAUCUCUUGUUCGGAGCAACAGUUUUGUUAUUGAUGAUUCAUUUAGUGAAACAUUGAUUGAUAAGGAUGAAAUUAAAAAAUGUUCGAAAUCGAAAAAAGUAUCAACAGACAAGAUUAAAACGAAUGCAACUGUUCCACAUAAAAGUAAGAAAGUGUCGAAUCGAUUAGCAAAGUCGUGUGAUCAAUACAGUGAGAAACGAUGCUUAACAAUUGAUGAUGAACAAUUUGAUUUUUCGCCACAAAUGCACAAAUGAUUUUAAUUGAAAAAAGUAGCAAAUAAAUAGCAUUUUACACCACAAAUUAUUCUAUUUUAUACCUUUUUGUAACA